UUUCUGCUGGAAAUACCCAUCCUGGCCAAUUUGUCUAUCGGCGCCCGGUAGAUAAAUUCGGCAUUGGCAGUGCUGCAGUGUUGCGGUGGCACUUUGAUUAAUAACUGCCUUUAUUAAUUUGUCUCGGUCGGUGUAAGACAGUAUUAAAAUUAAAAAUGACGUUCGGAUUAAUAAACUUAGGGGCCCAAGUGCUAACAAGAUGUCAUUUGGAUGUUAUGAACCAUGCUUUAAGAGCAAAAAGCAUGUGGUGGGGCCAUGUGCCCGCAGGAGCUCCAGAUGUAAUCUUAGGUAUCAGAGACACAUAUUUAAAAGACCCUCACCCCAAGAAGGUUAACCUUGGAGUAGGUGCGUACAGAGAUGAUGAUGGAAAACCAUUUGUCCUUCCAUCAGUCAGAAGGGCAGAAGAAAUUAUUUAUGAGAAAUGCUUGAACCAUGAAUAUGGCCCAAUCUCUGGUGAGCCCCCAUUCACAGAAGCUUGUGCUAAGCUCGCCUUUGGUGAAAAAAGUAAACCUCUUUGUGAAAAGACCAAUGCAACUGUACAGGCACUAUCAGGCACUGGUGCCCUGCGGCUCGGUUUCGAGUUCAUCAGCAGACAUUACAAUAAAACCAGGGAGAUUUGGCUGCCAAAACCGACGUGGUUCAAUCACCCUCAGAUCUGUGACGCUGUGUGUCUUCCGAUGAAGAGUUACCGUUACUUUGCACCCAAAACCCUCGGUUUCGAUGUAGAUGGCGCCGUCGAAGAUCUCAGCAAAGCUCCAGAAGGUGCAAUCGUGUUACUGCACGCGUGCGCCCAUAAUCCCACUGGUAUUGAUCCUAAAAAGCACGAGUGGGAACGCCUAUCAAAGGUCAUAAAAGAGAGGAAACUAUUCCCGUUCUUCGACAUGGCGUACCAAGGCUUUGCCACCGGCGACGUCGACAACGACGCGUUGGCCGUGCGCAUGUUUGUGGACCACGGACACGAGGUCAUGGUGGCCCAGAGCUUUGCCAAGAACAUGGGUCUGUACGGAGAGCGUGUCGGAGCGUUGACAAUCCUCUGUGGUGACCCAGAGACAACCGCCAGAGUGAUGUCCCAGCUGAAGGUCAUAAUCCGAACGAUCUACUCCAACCCGUCCAUCAACGGCUCACGUAUUGUACAGGAGAUCCUCACCAGCCCCGAGCUCAUGAAACAAUGGUUAGGGGACGUGAAGUCAAUGGCUGACCGCGUCAUCUCUAUGAGGAAAAUGCUCCGCUCCGCCAUCGAGGCAGCUGGUAAUAAGAGAACGUGGAACCACAUCACCGACCAGAUCGGCAUGUUCUGCUACACUGGACUUAACCCUGAACAGGUCGAACGUCUCAUCAAAGAAUUCCACAUUUACUUGACGAAGGACGGCCGUAUCUCUGUCGCUGGUAUAACUACAAAGAACGUCGGCUACGUCGCCGAAUGUAUGCACAAGGUCACGAGCUAAAUGCAACACUACUGCACUGUCCUCAAUCGUGUGGCGUCAUCGAAGUGGUAGCCUGUGAUAGUGCUACGACUCACCGUAUUGUACCGUUAGAUCACAGUAUUUAUUAAAACAGUCUGUCUUUAACUAUUUUUGAAAUGUUUUACGAUACUAUAUUUUACAUAGGCACACCUAUUUUUAUAUUGUUUUGUUUAACUAAAUUCUCCGCUAUUCCAUAUUAGUUGUCUGUUCUGUUCUGGAUAGCAUAAGCAUUUAUAAAAGCACUGCUUUAAUUUUU